AUGAAAAUCUCUAAUACGUUAUCCGUAUUUCUAAUCACGCUUUUUGGAGCGGUAAUUGGAAAUAAAAUUCCAGUUUUCAAGUAUACUAAUUUUACAGUAGAAUUGCAGCCUGGUAAUCCUUACUUCGAGAAUUGGUCUACUGAAAUAAACGAAGGGGGUGAUACACUUUCCGCAAGAUCUCCAGUAAAAGCAGAUCCUCCCGAGGAUUUAAUGGCUAGAAUUAUCGCUGAAGUAAAUGGUGACCGAGUAUUCUUCAUCGAAAUAGGUGUAUGUGAAAGCUAUGAAUCAGGAAUGGCUGAUCAAAACUUACUGGAUCAUGGAUACCCUAAGGAUAAGUUUCCCAGAAGCUGCCCAAUAAAAGCGGGUGAUUACGGAGUAAGGGAUUACAAAUUUACUGCAGAAAAUAUACCAUUCGAAGUACCAGCCGGGGAUUUUAUCGUAAAAUACUCCUUUUUUGAGCCCAGCAAUGGUGAAUCUUUGGUAACAUUAACGUCAGAAGGGCAGCUGACUUAUAAAUAA